CAACGAUGACUAAAAACGAGAAUGCUUCUAUUGCUGAGCCAGAAGUUGUAAUAUUUAAUGAUGGGUUACUUAAAAAAUCCUUAAAUAAAAGCGGUUCAAGCAUUACUGAAUGGAAAUCAUUCAUGUCUCACAAAAUUUCUAAAGUAAAUGAAAACCCUCAGAAAUCAUUGUCUAAAAAUAUAGUAAGAUCAGAUGAGGAGAUAAAUAGAAAGAAUGAUGAAGAAUUAGAAGAAUUAUUAAAAACUACCAAAUUAUUAGAAAAGUAUACUACUGAACAGUUAUCAGGAAAAGAUCGUAGAAAAUACGUUGAACAAAAAGUGGUUGAAUUAGGUGCAAAACCAAAGAAAGGUGUGAAAAUUCCAACGCCAAUAUCUUUAGAAAUUCAAUCAAAACGUCAAGAAAGAGAACGCAAAGAACUUGAAGAGGCAAAAAAUCUGGGUCUUUAUCAUAAAUCAAUUAAACAUAAAUGGGCAUCAUCGUCAUCAUCAUUAUCAAAAUCACAAAAAGUGCGAGACAAAGGUAUCGGCAUGGGUAUAGGUAAAAUUAAGAAUGGUAUGUUAGUUUUGAGUUCUAAAGAUAUUAAACAUGUACAAAAUAGCAGAAAUGGUAGUAAUAGUGGAAAAUUAAAGAAACAUGGUGGAGAUAUUAAAAAGAAAAAGUUCUUGUCCAAAAAACGAAAAUAAAUUAUUUUAUAAUUAUUCUACGAUACCACUGAAAAUUUAGAAAUCCUGGUAAUUAUGUUUUAAGUAGAAAAGAAAUUGUUGUCUCGUGACCAUAUUGUAUUCCUCCGGGUAAUAAUUCUGAUUUAAAGAGACUUAGGCUGGUUCCCGCAAGUUUAAUAUGUCUACAGACACAGUAGUAGUACUUGGUGAUGC